UGAAAGUUUAGAGAUUAGUUUGUUAUUUUAAGUUAAAUGAACUAAAUUCAAAUCUAUCCCAAACUCAAAGGAACUUUUAGACUAGACGGCGUCGUAUUAACCUUAAUUUGAAGUUGAAGUGCAAAGCGAGGGAGGGAGAGAGAUCUGAGAGUGGAAGAUGGACCGAGGAAAGAUCGAAGAGGUGAUCGAGAAACAAGUACUGACGGUUGUGCAGGCCGUCGAGGACAAGAUCGACGAAGAGAUCGCCGCCCUCGAACGCCUCGACGAUGACGAUCUCGAAGUCCUUAGGGAACGCAGGCUGCAACAAAUGAAGAAAAUGUCGGAGAAGCGUAGCCGUUGGAUCUCCCUCGGACAUGGCGAAUAUACCGAGAUUCCUUCCGAGAAAGACUUCUUCUCCAUCGUCAAGGCCAGCGAACGCGUUGUCUGUCACUUCUUCCGCGAAAAUUGGCCCUGCAAGGUUGUGGACAAGCAUUUAAGUUUGUUGGCGAAGCAGCAUAUCGAGACCCGGUUUGUGAAAAUUAAUGCUGAAAAAAGUCCAUUUUUAGCUGAGAGGCUCAAGAUCAUUGUUCUUCCUACUAUUGCCCUCAUAAAGAAUACCAAAGUGGACGAUUAUGUGGUGGGGUUUGACCAACUCGGUGGUACUGAUGACUUUAGCACAGAGGUUUUGGAAGAAAGAUUGGCUAAAGCUCAAGUCAUCUUUUUGGAGGGUGAAUCAUCAAUGAACCGUGCAAAGUCCACUGCGCAAACCAAAAGAAGUGUUCGGCAGGGCACACAUGCAGACUCAUCAGAUUCAGAGUAACUUGUAUUUUCCGAUGUUGAGUUUAUUUACUCUGCCCUCCUCCUGGAAAGGCAAGAGCCCAGAUCACUGUCUAAAUUUUGUUUCAUUAGAGCUUGUGUGUCUUUCUUAAUUAGGUUUUAUUGGAGCUUGUGUGUCUUUCUGAAUUAGGUUUUCAUUGGCCACUUGUGUGUCCUACUAAAUUAGGUUUCACUGUCCACUUGUGUGUCUUGUAAGAUUUUAUAGUAAUUUGUAGAUCUAGAUCUUCUAUCAGACUCCAGCACUUUGGUUUGGAUCAUCUUUUUUCUGAAAUAUUUUUUGACAUUAUCACCUGAUGAUUGUACCAAUGAUAUUAAUCAUUAUAACUAGUAAUAUUAAGAGUUUUGAGAUA